AUGGCUACCACAACAAGCCUCAACCCGGCCUCCCGGCCUUCCAUCGCCUCCGUCCUGCCACCUCUCUUCCUGGGCACAGCAACAUUCAACACCCAGCAUGUAAAGGACCCGCUGCAGAUGCCGUACAGGCAAAUCGUCUCAAGGGCACUAGAGCUCGGAGUCAACGGCUUCGACACAUCGCCGUACUACGGCCCCUCAGAGGUCCUCCUCGGCGACGCCCUGGCCGCCCACACAGCAGCCACCAACAUCCCCAGAGAGUCCUACGUGCUGGUCACAAAGGCAGGCCGCAUCGCCGGUAACGAGUUUGAUUACUCGCCGGCGUACGUGCGCUACUCUGUCCUCCGCUCCCUCAGCCGCCUCAACACGCCGUACCUCGACCUCGUGUACAUGCACGACGUCGAGUUCGUCUCCCCCGCAGAAGUCCUCGCCGCCGUGCAGACCUUAAGGCAGCUCCGUGAUGAGGGCAAGAUCCGCUAUGUCGGUAUCAGUGGCUUCCCCGUCCACGUUCUCUGCAGCCUCGCUGAGAUGAUCCUCGCUGAGACGGGCGAGGCGCUCGAUGCCAUCUUGAGCUACGGGCACUUCACCAUCCAGAACCCUACACUCGGUCUCGCUGAGGUUGUCGCUGGACCCGAUCACACCGAUGAGCAGAGCCCGCUCCGGCGGUUCCGCAACGCCGGCGUGCAGGUCGUGCUGAACGCCAGCAUGCUCGGCAUGGGUCUCCUCACAUCCACGGGCGUCCCCGCGCGCACGGAGACGGCAGAGGGCAAGGCCGGCGUCAUCGCGUCAUGGCACCCCGCGCCGGAUGACCUGCGCUCGGCGUGCAAGGAGCUCUCGACCAUCGCCAGCGAAGCCGGCGAGCGCCUGGAGACUGUGGCUCUCCACUGGUCGAUGGAAGAGUACGCCCGCGUCGGCGCCGCAGCUGGUCUCGGCGUACAGCUGCCGGGUCAGGGCAGCGACCAGCGCGUCGGAGGCAGCGUCAUGGGCGUCACCAGCAUCGCGGAGCUCGAGCAGACUGUCGAAUCAUGGAAGCUUGUGCUGCAGGGUCUUGCUGCUGGCGGCGAGGCCUCGGCACGGUAUGAGAAGCUGAAGGCUCUUGUGGAGCAGAAGAUGUGGCCCGAGUUGGGCGUGUGGAAGGGCUACAGCUGGGCGAGCCCCGAUGAGGGGUUCCAAAAUGAGAGGAGCGCGGACAAGUUUGGCUUGAUCCCGGAGGAGGAUGAACUGAUGAUCAACUUCAUGACUAGAAUUUCCAGCAAUUUGUGA